AUGUUCAAUUUUUUUUUCCGGCUGCUUUGGUGCUCCUUCGUGCUCAGCAACAAAGUAGGGUUCAUUCACCCUUCGCAAUUUGCGACAUUGGAGAAAGAUCCUGAAGCUGGUAGCUCACGAUCGGAAGCCUCGGAUGCGCUGGAUGGUGGAGAUGGGAGCUUCUGGAUUCGAGAUCACAAACUGGGCAUUUCUUCGGAGGUUGUUCUCCGCUUGUACAAGGCUGCCAGAGAACAAUUCAUGAAUGCAAUUGCAGAAUACAAGAAACUCAGCGACCUAUCUCUUCCUUCUGCUGAAGCUCUAGGAAUUGUGGUUAUGAAAUGCAACAAAGCACUUGUGUUGUUAAGCCCUGAUUUCGGGACUGCUUGGAAUUCCAGAAAGUUAAUCGUAUCGAAGAAGACACAAGCGUCGAUGUUCACUGACGAGCUCCGCUUGUCUGCCCUUGUCCAUUCGUAUUCACCCAAGAGCGAGCAAGCAUGGAGCCAUAGGAGGUGGGUGAUCAAGAAUAUGGCCAAAAAUCGUACAACUUUGCAAGAGAUUCUGAGGGAAGAAUCUGACCUGAGAUCAAAGAUGAACUAUCGUGCAUGGAAUCACCGCUGCUGGUUGGUUUCUUACAUGGAUAGAGAACAGGUGAUACAGGAACUGAGCAAUCCAAAAUGUGGGCUGGGUUACAUGUUGCUGAUCAUUCUUGCUUUCAUUAUCGCA